UAGUUUAGUCCGUGACGUAUAUGUGUGCUUUCACGCGUAAAGUCAAUGAGUUUCAGUACACAUUAAAUAUUUGUCCAAUAGUGCCUAAAAGCGGAUAGUACACAUAUACAAUAGUAAAAUUUUAGUAAAAAAUUAAGCUUUGAACGACGUCAAAAAGGAAAAAACGAAAUAACAGAACAGAGUGAAAAAGAAAAUUGAUGUGUAAGAGGUGUUUUUUUUUUAGAAUUUUCGAAGGACCUGUGAAAAUACACUUGUUAAAUAAAAUUGGUGAUGUAGCAUGAGAUAUCGUGCAGUGUAAAGUGCACGAUUAUCGAGACAAAUCUCUGUUGUUCUUCAUAUUGCCAUCGUUAAAAAAGUCGUACGCGAUCCUUCCAGGACGCGUUGUCGAUUAUUGUUAAAGUGGAAGCUUUAGAAAAUGGCCGACAGUUGGACACAGAGCGUUGUUUGCCGAUAUUUCAAAAAUGGGAUGUGCCGUGAAGGAAAUAAUUGUAGAUACCGUCAUACACAAGGAGUUUGGAAUGAUGGAAAUAAUGAAACAAUAAUAUCUUCUUCUGUUCCAUCUAUGAACAAUAUUUGUCGCUUUUUUAAACAUGGUAUCUGUAAAUUUGGAAAUCAGUGCUAUUUUCGCCAUACUACUGAAAGUGUUGAUAAUAAUGUGGUAAAUGCAAAUUCGGUAGAAAAUUCAUCAGCUGGACAACACACUUCAAAUAUUUCAUCUUCGACAACAAUAAAGAAUGUUAAAGACAAUAUUCGUAAUGCUGAAGAGUGGGUAAAAGCACCAGAAUUCGUACCUUCGCAUGUGGCUGGAUCAUCUUCCACGAAUGAAGCUUCUACAACCUCGGGAACAUCUACAAAUUCCUCAAUGUCAAUAUCUUAUGCUCAAGCUGUAAAUUCAUCUGAUCAAGCAUCCAGUCCAUCUUCAGAACCUUUAUGUCCAUUUGCAGAAGCAACUGGAAUUUGCAAAAAACGUAGUUGUACAUACCUACAUGGAGAUAUUUGUGAAUUGUGUAAUCGUGCUGCACUUCAUCCGUACAACGAAGAACUUAGAAAGAAACAUACAAAUGCAUGUGUCAAACAACACGAAGUGGAUAUGGAACUUUCAUUUGCUAUUCAACGUAGCAGAGAAAAAUCUUGCGGUGUUUGCUUUGAAGUUAUAAUGGAAAAAGCAUCUGGAGAACAGAGAUUUGGCAUUUUACCAAAUUGUAAUCACUGUUUUUGUCUAAGUUGUAUUAGGAAAUGGAGACAAGCUAAACAGUUUGACAAUAAAAUUAUUAGAGCUUGUCCAGAAUGCCGUGCUACCUCUGACUUCGUAUGCCCAAGUAUGUACUGGGUAGAUACUAAAGAAGAAAAAGAAAAACUAAUAACGGACUACAAAUGUGCGUUAAGCACUAAAGAUUGUAAGUACUUCAAUAAAGGACAAGGAAAAUGUCCAUUUGGCAAUAAGUGUUUUUACCUACAUGCACUUCCUGAUGGCACUAAAACAGAUGUUGGCCCUCCUGUUCGUCAACGACGCAACGCAGAUUCGGAUGUCGAUAUUUUGCGUCAAAUAAUUUUGUGGGACUUUUUUGAAGAGAGGGAUAACCGUUGGAUAUAUGAUGUAGACCUUGAAGAUAUUGUUUCCCUUUUUUCAGGCUCAGAAGAGUCUGAUUGGUCUGAAUUUGAAUUUCAGGCUGAGUAGUUGUAUUAAUUCAGUAAUCUGCUACUGUUGCUGUUAACUGUACCAUCUAUCUCAUCCACCACUUGUAUGUGGUUUCAAUGGCUGAAUAGACAAGUAGUUUAUGAAUUGUUUGAAUGGUUAUGAUUUAAAGAUAUCUCAGCUACGUUAAUAAAAAAUUUGUGUGCUUUGCUUGAUGAUAUUUACGUGAGAAAUAUGUAAAUAAUAUCAAGUUAAUAAUAAUAACAAAAAUAAUAACGAGGAGGUUGCAGUCGCAUGUACAAUGGCAAGUUUUUAAAUGUUACAUAGCCACUUUGUAAUCGCUUCUGUUUGUGUACCUUGACCAAUAUUGUUACAAUUAGUACUCAAUCAUAAGAAAUAUGCAUCAAGUCUAUUACAUCAGUGGUCCAAAUUAAUUCGAUUUAUAAAGAAUACACAUUGAUAGAAUAAUCGUUUGGCAGUUUGAAAAUAACAGGUUUUGUUUUUAUUCUUUUUAAUUUGUCUUGAAUAAAGUCCUUUUUUACGUAAAGAGGUAAAUAUACAUAUAUGCAAAAAUAAGUUUAUACAUUUAAAAACGUUUUUAUUAAGAAAUCAAUUUUCCUUACUUUUUUAAGCAAAAUUGUCCAAGAUUUUAAAUGAAAUUGUUUUCGUAAAUAUUAUUAUAUUCUCAUUAUCAACCCUUGGCUCGAAACUUAAUGUUUGCUUAAAGGCAAGUUCAAUAAAAUAAAAACAUACAAACGUACUUUUUGUAUAACAUAUCUUUAGUAGUUUAGAAUUAUUUUUAAUUUUGGUUGGGUACUUAUUCUGCCAAAAAAUCUGGACUUGAUUACAUUUAUUUGUCAUCCAAUUUGAGGAAUAAAGAAUUUAUAGAAUAUGAAAUUUUGGUUUAUAUAAAUUAAAGAGAUGGUAAACUAUAUAAAUAAUCUACAGAUUAUAAAGAUUAGUAUUAGUACUCUCUAUUUGAUUAAUGAUUAUUCAUAUUGAACAUUCAAUUAAUAAGUUUCGUCCUACCUCCUGUUAUGGCUUUGCGAACAUUUAACAAAUUUCCUUAAAUUAUCGUGAACUGUAUAGCGUUAGUUUCUAAUUCAUAGUUUUAAGACCGUGAUAAAUUGCGCAAAUCGAGUGUUCCAUGUAAUAAGUGUAUGUCUGGGCGAUAGUAUGAAAAUUUGGUUGAAUGUGUGUACUGCUAAAUAUAAUAAAAGGAAACCAUUUUUAGCGAGUAUGCACGAAUUCCAGAUUUAAAAAAAAUAACAAAUAAAAAUUAUUUUAUAAACGACAAUUGAAUUCAAAGCUGUCUAUUUGGAAUCUUUAUUUUAUCUUUGUAUUUUAUUGUUUAGUAUAUUUAGACACUUUUCAAAAAAUUAAAUUUUUAAAAAUUAAUAAUUAUUUAAAAGGAUACAUUAUUCAUACUAAUAGAUGAAAGCAAUUAGAGCUUUAUAAACAGAAAUGAAAGCCAAAGAAUAUGGUAUCAAUCUUUUUUUUGAUAGAACUAUUUUAUAAAAAUGAUCUUUUAAUCUGUUUAAAGAAUUGCUUCUGUAUAAGCAUUAGGUAAUCAAAUUGUCUCGAGAUAUUUUGCGCAUAUAAAUUCCAGCUAAUAUUACAUAUAGUUAUAGGAUGCACUUUUCUUCAUCAAAACCAUCUGUCCUCAGUGUUGCCUUUAAAGAACAAGAUAAUUACUCUAUUCGUUAAUAUGAGCUGAUAUUAUUCGAAGUUUUCUCAGACAAUCUUUCCAUGAUAAAAUAUGCAAGUUGUUUAUAUUUUCUAUAGAAUUUCUACAUUGUUAAUUUUAUAGUGAAUUGUUGUAAUUAAAAGUUUAUUGUUAUUGCUAACGCCGCUUAUAAAAAUAAACGGAACGUUUUGUAUAUUGUUUUUUAUAUAGAAACCACUUGCCUUAUAUUUUUGUCUUAUCUUUCAUUAUUCUCUAUCUCUUCUUCAUCUUAAUUGGUGAAUAUUCAACAAUUGAUGUGCAUGCGUUAACAAUAAGAAUAAUAAUACUACUAUUUGUCAACACUGGGUGUAACCGCUUGUAGAUUCUAAUGUGUUUUUCUUCUCAAUAAUAUAUGUCUCUUAUAGUGUUGUGUAAAAAAGGGACAUAUAGAGUGCCAAUGGGUCUAAUUGUAAGUUCAAUAUUUAAUUCUUUUUAUGAAGUGCAAUUGUAAACAGGAUAAUAAUACGUCGUUCAUGUAUAUGUAUAUGUGUAUUUGCAAUUGCACUACACGAGAUCAUGGAAGUAGAAUUUUUGUAUAGUUUGUGUGAUAUUAUAAGACAUAAACUUUUAAGAUCAAGUUACUUAAUCGGUAUUAUAUUUUAGAUGUAAUUUACAUUUACUUUUAUUUCUUACCAUAUCUACGAAUUUACUAGAUAAGAUUUUAAUCACUACAUAAUUCAAAAUUUAAUUUUCCUUCCAUUGUAUAACUAUUUUAUUCGUUUUAAUGUAUAUGGCUUGCUCUACCAGGUUCUAUGAAAAAAUAUACAUCAUAUAGGGAAAUAAUAUUAUAUCCUUUUUUUAAGUUAUUGAAUGUAAACACAUUGGAAGAUACAAUACAAGUUUUCAUUGUAUCUAAUUCAUUGGUGUAUUGCCUUUUAUAAAUUUUGAUCUUUUUCCAAAUUAAUACGAUUUUAUGAUAAACGAGUUUCUUAUUGUAAAACAAGGCGUCAUUAGUCUCCUGUUCUGAAGAUCAUCACGUUGUUUAAUGUUAUUCAUAUUGCUAAAGUACAACAAAACACCUCUACAAUAAUUUUUAUUACUUCUUACAUAAAAAAAUUCAAUGUAGUAGUUAAAAAAUUAAUACGUGCCGCAGUUUCCAAGUUAUUAAAUAUAUGAAUUAUGAAUAGGAUAAUAAAUACCUCUAAAGUUCUUGCAAUAAUUACGUAAAAAAUUAUUACGCAAGAAUGCUUUUUUUAUAAUAUUUAACAUCUGAUAGUUUAUUCAAGCAUAUAAGUAGCAUAAAUUGCAGCCUUAGAGAUUUAUACGUAAAUUGUAAACUUAAUUUGAAAUGUUAGCUUUUAUGAUAAAUCUAUACACAAUAAAAACUAAAAUUCUCAAAUUUAGGGAUAUUUUUUAUUUACAGAUAUUUUUCAUAGAAAGGAUAUUACCGUUUUGUAAACAAAAUAUAAUUUUAUUAUAAAAAAAUGUAACAUUUGCUUUUUGUAAUAGAGGAAACAUUAAACAGCAUUAAAGAUAAAGUUAAGACAA